AUGUCGAAGCCACGGCGGGACGUCAACAAGGUGCAGAUCGGCUACCACCGUGCUGAGAACACCGAGACGGUAAGUUCGCCGCACACGUAUGCCUACAGCAGUGGUAAGAGCGUUCCGUCCACCACCAAGCCGGAUAAGCCGACAGUGUCGAAUAUCCGCAUCGUGUCUGCCGUCGCCGGGCUGCCGCCGUCGCGCUUUGCAGCCAAUGCGUCGAUGAAGCGGGAGAAGAACGAAGAGGGGUCAGAGAGCGCUACCGCCGCAGCAAGCAGCGCGUCAUCGUCGUUGGUGCAUGGCGCGGCAAGCGAGGCGCGGGCGACCGUAGACGGAUUCCCUUGGUCGACGCGGCGGGUGGAGCGGAUGUCGUUCGAGAUGCAGAACGUGAGUCCUCCCAUUUCGAACCUGUUCCGUCGGGUGCUGACGACGGAGGUGCCGACGCUGGCAUUCGACCGCGUUUUAAUCGAAGAAAACGAUAGCCCGGUGCUGGAUGAGCUUCUGUCGCACCGCCUCGGCCUCGUUCCGGUGGCGGGUCCGGUAAUGAAGAUGCACUACAUCACCGAGAGCAAUCAGGCAAGCUUUAACAAUCUGGACCCGAGCCGCGUGCUGCUGUUUGAGCUGGACGCCACGGGCGCCAAGGAUGCGGCGGUGACGCCGGUGUAUAGCCGCCAGCUGCAGUGGGUGCCGCUGCCGGGGCAGGAUAAGAAAACCGGCGCUGUGGCGGGCGUCUGCCAAGCGGGGAGCGAGGAGUGUGCCGGCGCAGACGACGAUGACGACGCGGUGUUCCUCGUGCAUCCUGAUAUCCUGCUCACCAAGCUAGGCCCUGGCCAGCGCAUCAAGCUCAAGGCGAUCGCUGUGAAGGGCCUCGGUGCCGUGCACGCCAAGUGGAGCCCAGUGUCGGCGUGCUACUACGAGAUGAAGACCUCCGUCGAGCUCUGUGAGCGGCUGACAGGCUCGGCGGCCGAGGCGCUCGUGAAGUCCUGCCCCACUGGUGUUUUCGGCUACGAAGGUGGCCAAAAGGGUGCGGCAGCGACUGUCGUAGCGCCGGAGAAGUGCACCCUGUGCCGCGAGUGCCUCCGCAGGGACGACACGGGUCCUGGGGCCGCCACCAACGAGGGCGACCGAGUUCGUGUGCAGAAGGACAAGACACACGUCCUCUUUCACAUUGAGAGCGUGGGCCAGCUGCACCCGGCACAGAUUCUGCGCUUCGGCCUCCGUCUCUUCGCUGAGCGCUGCCGGGCACUCGCGGAGAUGGUGCAGUCGACCGAGGUGCACGUGGUGGAUGCGGGCGCCAAGUCACUGGAGCAUUGA